GAAAACAUUACUGAAAUUCCAGAACCAGAAGAAAACCACCGACUUUCCUGCGAUUACACAUUUCCUGUGUACCUGUCAUCAAGCCCCACAGCCUCUGGGAAACUCUCCAUGCAUACGUCAGAUCGACUUGAAUAAAAGAGCGAUGCGGACUCCAGAGGAGGGAGAGCCAGCCUUGGUCUACCUACCGACAGGUCUGGACGGUCUUCUCUUCACCCCCAGGACGGAUCGCCUCAGCCUCUAGAGAUGUGGAAAGUCUUAGUCAUUGCAUCUCUUUGUGUUUCACUGGCGUCAGCAUGGUGUCCGAAGCACUGCCGCUGUCCCUCCGAGGUACCAGCCUGUCCCGGAGGGGCCAGUCUCGUUCUGGACAGUUGUGGAUGUUGUAAAGUUUGUGCCCGGCAGCUGUUUGAAGACUGCAGCCGGACGCGGCCGUGCGACAGCGCCAAAGGGCUGGAGUGCAACUUCGGAGGUGGAUUUGCCUCCGUUAAAGGCGUCUGCAGAGCCAGAUCCGAGGGGAGAACCUGCGAGUACAACGGCAGAAUCUUCCAGAACGGGGAGACCUUCCGUCCAAACUGCAAGCACCAGUGCACGUGCAUGGACGGAUCGGUCGGGUGCGUCUCUUUGUGCCCUCAAAAGCUCUCGUUGGCCAAACUGGGCUGUGCCAAACCCAAAAGGGUGAAGGCGCCAGGAGGGUGCUGUGAACAACUCGUCUGCCCCAAGGGAACGAAGACGGGGAAGAAAGAGAGACGGAAGCACAGGAAGGAGCAAGAAAACGAUCCCAUCAUCAAAAACAAGCUGAUGCCUUACAGGAUGGAGGAAUCCAAGGCUUUAUCUGUCUUCAGGAACCGUCUGAUGGGUCACGUGGGGGCCCCAUGUGUGCCGCAGACCACAGCUUGGUCCCCGUGCUCCAGGUCUUGUGGUACGGGAGUCUCCACCCGCCUGACCAACAGAAACGCUCGGUGCAAACUGCAGGAGGAAGCACGCCUUUGUAAAGUCCAACCCUGUAAACCAACGACUCUAAAGAAACAGCAGAAGUGGACGCACACGGAAAGUCCAGCUGUCCUGUGAAAGUGUCCUCCGCUGGCACCUGAAACCCCUCAGGACCCCCACACAGCGUCCACUUCCUGUCCAGGAACAGAGGGAGUCUCACCAGGAGGGCGAUGAAGGUCGAGUCCUGGAGGUGUCACUCCGACAAAGACACUCUACUUCUGCUUCAUAAGAUUGGAGCUUGGUGGUUUUGCUUCGUUAAGAAGUCUUUACAUUGUGGAUAUUAUUAUUUUGUAUUUUCUUUUACAUUGAAAUAUACUUUUUUUGUCCACUUUCAUGUACAUGUUCAUGAACUGGAGAUAAUCCGGCAGCUACUUGUUAAAUCUUUACUCAACAUGUUGUAGUGUUUGUGUUGAUUUUUCUCACAGAUUGAUCUUAUUUAUGAUGAUAUGUGUUUCUGAUUGUGACCAGUUGGACUGUACAGUGGAGCAGUGGUCUGCACUCUUACCUCACUGUGAGAAAACCUUUGGUUUGAGUCCACUGUUGGCUCCAGUCCCCUCUUUUUUGAAAACAUCUUAUACUGAAUUCCAGAUGCUAUGUGUAUUGAAGUCCUCUGAAAAUAGCAUUAAAAGAAGUUACAUCAUUGCGGUUUCUCUAUUUAUGACUCAAACUGGUUAAAUUUCUUGCCAGAUUCCUGAAAAAUGUUACGCAUGCUUUAUUUAUUUAUUUUUUUUAUCAUCCUUCGACAUAUUUGAGCACUGCAGCUAUAUGAUAAUGUACUAUUGGUUUGUUUUAUGUUGAACGCAUGAGUGAAGAAGGGUGGCAACAGCUGCCUUGAUGGUAAUUUGAGGCAUGUGAAAGCAGAAGUGUGCAC